AUGACAGCAGCAUCAUCUGAUGGGCGCUGGUGCGAGCGCACGGUGCAGGUGACGGAGGAGGAGGUGCUGAGCCCCCGGCGUGAGAACGUGGUGCCCUGCGCCAGCGUGUACCAGUACAACCUGGUGGGCUGGCGCCUCGACCAGGAGAGGAUGCGCCAGGCUUACGGCGGGGACUUGGGCAUCGCCCACUACUACGCCCAGUCCGGGCCCUCCGACUCCAUGUGCUACAUCUACAAACCCCAGGACACGCGGCCCCUGGUGUGGAACCGCACGGUGCGAGCCUGCUGCGAGGGCUGGAGCGGACCCCGCUGCACUGAGGGUGAGGGCUUGCUGGGCCACUGCUUCUCCACCUGGCAGUGCCAGGACUUCCCGAGUGCCCUCAACCUGUCGCUGAUGAGCAUAGCCGAGUGCUGCAGCCGGCCCUGGGGCCACAGCUGGAGGAACACGUCCUCCGCGCUCUGCUUCAGCUGCGCCUACUUGCCCCUCACAGGAGGCCUGCCAGGACCCUUCCUGCUCCGGCCGUCUCCCCCCACCGCCCUGCUGGGCCUGUCUCGGGGCGGCCAGCGCCUCUUCGCCACCUGCGUGACGUGGGCCGGCGUCCAGUACCGCAGCUUCGAUGGGAAGCACUUCCGCUUCCAUGGGGGCUGCACCUACAGCCUGGCCGCUGCCUCCGAUGGCACCUGGGCUGUCUACAUCUCUGCCGGGGCCGGGGGUUGCACCCCACCGGGGCACUGCACGCGGGUGAGGAGACCCAGUGAGGAGAGGGGAAGAGAGGAUGGAGAGCGAGGGGGGGACGAGGUGGAAGAGAAGCGGAAACAGAGUGGACAUGCAGGGGAGUUGGGGGCAGAGAGGAGGAGCAGUGUGGCUCUUCGCAUGAUGUUCGGGCUGGACCUGGUUGUGGCCGAAGGCCGGAGCAUCUCGGUGAAUGGGGCCGCGGUGCCGGAGGGGCAGCCAUACCUGCAGAAUGGGAUCAGCAUCCGCUGGCUUGGGGACUUCGUCUUCGUGGAGAGCGGCCUGGGUGUGCGAGUGAAGUCGGAUGGGCGUGACACCGUCUAUGUCACGGUUGGUGCUGAGCUGCGGGGCACCACGCGUGGGCUCUGCGGGCACUACAACGACGACCCUACAGAUGAUUUCCUACGUGUCGGAGGGGACGUGACCACGCUCGCUGCCAGCUUUGGGAACUCCUGGAGGAUCCCGGAGGCCGGCACGGAGCAGCCCUGCGAGGACGCGGCGGAGGUCAGACACAGCUGCGAUGAAACAGGAGACGGUGCCGUGCGGCGGGAGGCUGAGGCCACGUGCCAAAAGCUGCUGGCCAAUCCUUUCAGCCAGUGCCACUCUGAGGUGGACCCGGGUGGCUUCUACGAUGCCUGUGUGUACGUGUACUGCCAGGAGCCGGGGGCUGGGGCCGCGUUGCCUGGUGCCAUCUGCGAGACCUUCGCCAGCUAUGCCCGGGACUGUGCCCAGCGCCACAUCUACGUGGACUGGAGGCGGCCUGGUUUCUGCGAGAAGCAGUGUGACGGGGGCAAGCAGUACUCGGACUGUGUGUCCUCGUGCCCAGCCAGCUGCGCGGCCGCAGGCGCUGCCGAGGAUGGGCACUGCCGGGAUGAGUGUGUGAGCGGUUGUGAGUGCCCGCCCGGGCUGUACCUGGAGCAGGGCGCCUGCGUGCCUGAGGCCACCUGCCCCUGCUACCACCGCCGCCAGCGCUACGCCCCGGGGGACACCAUCCAGCAGCGCUGCAACCAGUGCACGUGCCAGGGCGGGCACUGGCUCUGCUCCCAGCACAAGUGUGCGGCCGAGUGUGCCGUGCUGGGCAACCCGCACUAUGUGACCUUCGACCGCAAGCGCUACUCCUUCCACGGGGCCUGCGAGUACAUCCUGGUGCAGGACUUCGUGGAUGGGAAGCUGCGGAUCACGGCUGAGAGCACGACCUGCGGGAGCUCUGGGACCAUGAGCUGCUUACGGGCGCUCACUGUGACGGCACACAAGACCUCCGCACAGCUGCGCACCACAGGAGAUGUGGUGGUGAAUGGGCACGAGGUGGACUUGCCCUUUGCGGGCACCGACCUGACCAUCCGGAGAGCCUCGGCCUCUUUCCUGCUGCUCCAGGCUUUUGGAGCCCAUGUGCUGUGGGGGCUGGAGUUCCCUGCUGCCUACAUCACCCUCCAGCCUGCCUUUGCCCACAAGGUGCGUGGGCUGUGCGGCACGUACAACUGGAACCAGCAGGAUGAGUUCACAACGCCGGCAGGGGAUGUGGAGGCCGGCGCGGCCGCCUUUGCCCACAAGUUCCGGGUGUCGGGUGAGUGCCCCGUGCCCAGCGCCGCCACCUUCGACCCCUGCAGCACCUACGCCCAGCACCGCGCCUUCGCCGAGGCCGCCUGUGCCAUGCUGCAUGGCCCUGCCUUCCAGCCCUGCCACCACCUGGUGGACCGGGAGCCCUUCCACCAGCUCUGCCUCUAUGACGUCUGUGGCUGCCCCGCCGACAAGGACUGUUUGUGCGGAGCCGUGGCCGCCUACGCCCGGCAGUGUGCCCAGGAGGGGGCCCCGGUGCCAUGGAGGAACCAGACCUUCUGCGGCGUGCAGUGCGGUGGGGGCCAGGUGUACCAGGAGUGCAGCGCUCCCUGCCGGAAGACCUGCUCCGACCUGAACCUGGAUGGGGCCGGCGCCUGCCAGGAGCUGGACGUCUGCGUGGCCGGGUGCAACUGCCCUGAGGGGCUGGUGCUGGAUGAGGGCGGGCAGUGCAUCCCGCCUGCCAUGUGCCCCUGCCUGCAUGGGGACGAGACCCACCCACCGGGCAGCAGGAUCCGCCGGAGCUGCAAUACCUGUGUCUGCAUGGACGGAGCCUGGAAUUGCACGGAUGCCAGCUGCCCCGAGGCCGUGAGCUGCCCUGGGGAGCUGGUCUAUGCCUUCGGGGGCUGCUUGCACACCUGCGACAGCCCGGAGGGCAACCUGAGCUGCUCCGGCCUCACCGAAGGCUGCGUUUGUCCCCCUGGCACUGUCUUCCUGAACGAGCGCUGCGUCUCCCCGGAAGAGUGUCCCUGCCAACACAACGGCCGGCUGUACCAGCCCAAUGACACCAUCAUCAAGGACUGCAACACCUGCGUGUGCCGGAGCCGGCGCUGGCAGUGCAGUAGCCACCAGUGCGCAGGGACCUGCAUGGCCUCGGGGGACCCCCACUACAUCACUUUCGACGGGCGGGCCUUCUCCUUCCUGGGCGACUGCGAGUAUGUGCUGGUGCGCGAGCACGGCGGCCUCUUCUCUGUCACUGUCGAGAACGUGCCCUGCGGCACCAGUGGCAUCACCUGCACCAAAUCUGUGGUUGUGGAGAUCGGCAACACCGUUGUCCACCUCCUGAGAGGAAGGGAUGUGACGGUGAACGGAGCCUCCGUGCGGCCGCCCAAGGUUUACGGUGGGAACGGCCUGACCCUGGAGCGUGCCGGCCUCUUCCUCAUCCUCAUCUCCCAGCUGGGGCUCACAGUGCUCUGGGAUGGAGGCACCCGGGUGUACGUGAAGCUGGACCCCGUCUUCCAGGGCCGCGUGGCAGGGCUGUGCGGGAACUUCGAUGGGGACACGGAGAACGACUUCACUAGCCAGCAGGGCAUGGUGGAGCCCACGGCCGACCUGUUCGGCAACUCCUGGCGUGUCAGCCUCCUGUGCCCCGAGGUCAACGAAGGGGACUUUGAGCACCCCUGCACCGAGAACUCGCACCGCGCCACGUGGGCCCGGAAGCGCUGCAGCAUCCUCCUGCAGAUGCUCUUCACCCCCUGCCACGAGGAGGUGCCCUGCCAGCAGUUCUACGACUGGUGCAUCUUCGACGCCUGCGGGUGCGACUCCGGGGGCGACUGUGAGUGCCUGUGCACGGCCAUCGCGGCCUACGCCGAGGAGUGCAAUCAACGUGGGGUCUACAUCCGCUGGCGGAGCCAAGACCUGUGCCCUAUGCAGUGUGACAACGGACUGGAGUACGAGGCCUGCGGCCCCGCCUGCCCCCAGACCUGCAAGACCUUUGGGCUGGAGUUGGCUGAGCACUGUGAUGCUGUCUCCUGCGUGGAGGGCUGCUUCUGCCCUGAGGGCAAGGUCCUGCAUGGCGGGAGCUGCAUCGACCCCUCUGAGUGCCCCUGCUACUGGGAGGGCACCUCGUUCCCAUCGGGCACUGCGGUGAAGCAGGAGUGUAAGAACUGCACGUGCGAGGCAGGGCUGUGGCAGUGCGAGGCCCUGGCAGAGCCCUGCGCGGCCCGGCCUGGUUGCCCCGAGACAGAGUUCGCCUGCCGUGGGGGUGGGCGCUGCGUGCCAGGUGCCUGGGUGUGCGACAACGAGGAUGACUGCGGGGACGGCUCGGAUGAGUUCUGCACCCUGAGCUGCGCCCCGCACCAGUAUCAGUGCAUCAGCGGGCAGUGCGUGCCCUGGGGCUACCGUUGCGAUGGCACUGCUGACUGCCUGGACCUCUCGGACGAGCAGGGCUGCCCCCCGCCCGGGUGUGGCCAGCACGAGUUCCACUGCGCCAACGGGCGCUGCAUCCCCCGUGCCCAUGUCUGCGAUGGCGAGCUUGACUGUGGCUUUGCCGACACAUCCGACGAGGCAGGUUGCGGCCCACCCUGCGGCACGGCGGAGUUCCGGUGCGCGGCAGGCCGGUGCGUGCCAUACUUGCACCGGUGCGAUGGGCACGAUGACUGUGGGGACUUGAGUGAUGAGCGGGAGUGUGUGUGCCCUGCUGGCCACUUCCAGUGCCCGGAUGCGCUGUGCUUGCCACAGCAGCAGGUGUGUGACGGAAGGAGUGACUGUCUGGCCGGCGCUGAUGAGGCCUUCUGCCCAGGCCAGGUGACCUGCGCCCCCGGGCAGCUGCCCUGCCCCGAUGGCACAUGCAUCAGCAGGGUGAAGGUGUGUGACGGCACACGGGACUGCUGGGAUGGCUCAGACGAGAGUCCCACGCAGUGCCUGGCAGUGCUGCCCAGCCCCACAGCCAUCACCGUGCCCAUGGUGCUGCCAGUGACACGCCCCCUACCGACCAACCGCACCUUGGCGCCCCCCUGCAGCCGCUACGAGUUCCAGUGCCGCAGCGGGGAGUGCCAGCCGCGUGGCUGGAUGUGCGACAAUGAGGCUGACUGCCUGGAUGGCAGCGAUGAACUGGACUGCAACAGGACCUGCGGGCUGGAUCAGUUCCCCUGCAUGCUCAGCGCUGAGUGCAUCCCCUAUGGGCAGCUCUGCGAUGGCCUCCCCCAGUGCCGCGACCAGUCUGAUGAGAGCACUGACAACUGCGGGUCCACGCAGAUCCCGCCAUGCCCAGGGCUUUUCGUCUGCAACAACCGCCUGUGUGUGAAUGUCUCCAGGGUGUGCGAUGGUACCCCGGACUGCCCCCAGGGCGAGGACGAGAUCGCCUGUGAGAGCCGUGUCCUGCCAGCUGACCAGAACCGGACCGUGGGCCCCUGUGCCGAGUACUCCUGCGGCGACAGCAAGUGCAUCACCUUCAAGCAGGUGUGCAACGGGCUGGCGGACUGCACGGAUGGCAGUGCGACCUCGGGCUGGCUGCCCUCGGACGAGCAGGACUGCGGGCUCUGGAGUGCCUGGGCACCGUGGAGCAGCUGCAGCCGGUCCUGCGGGACGGGGCUGCAAGUCCGUCGCCGCGUCUGCACCCGCCGGGCUGACCACGUGUUGCGCCACUGCCACGGCGAGGAGACGCAGGCCCAGCAGUGCUUUGCCGUGGCCUGCCCUGUGGACGGAGCCUGGAGCGAGUGGGCAACAUGGUCCAACUGCACCCAGGACUGCCGCGGGGUGGUGGUGCGACGCCGGGAGUGUGUGCCUCCCCAGAACGGGGGCCGGCCAUGCAUCGAACUGCCCGGGGACUCGCCCAGCACCCUGGAGAUCCAGCCCUGCCAGCUGGAGGGCUGCCUCAAUGUCACCGCCUGCCCCGGGGACCUCGUGAGCCGCAGGUGCGCGCCCUGCCCCGCUUCCUGCACUGACCUGUCCAGCAAGGUGAAGUGCCGCAGAGACCGGCCCUGCAGCCCAGGCUGUUGGUGCCCGGAUGGGUUGGUGCUGGCCGGGGAGCGGCGGUGCGUGCGGCCGCGGGAGUGCCCCUGCGAGGUGGAGGGUGUGCGCUACUGGCCCGGGCAGCUGGUCAAGGUCAACUGCCGCAUCUGCACCUGCCAGGACGGGCAGCCCCGGCGCUGCCGCCAGAACCCCGAGUGCACAGUGAACUGCGGCUGGUCGGCCUGGUCACCAUGGGGCGAGUGUCUGGGGCCAUGCGGCGUGCAGAGCAUCCAGUGGUCCUUCCGCAGCCCCAACAACCCCAGCAAGCACGGCAAUGGGCGCCAGUGCCGCGGCAUCUAUCGCAAGGCCCGCAGGUGCCAGACGGAGCCAUGCGAGGAGUGUGAGCAUCAUGGGCGACCCCACGCCGUUGGCGACCGCUGGCGCUCGGGGCAGUGCCAGGUGUGCCAGUGCCUGCCCAACCUGACAGUGCAGUGCUCCCAGUACUGCCCCUACAGCACCGUGGCCUGCCCCGAGGGCCGGGUGCUGGUGGAGGGCACGGGGGAGGCCUGCUGCUACUGCACGGAGGCUGGUGAGAACAGGACCACAACGCUGGCCGUGCCGACAGCCGAGCCCCCGGAGACCAGCGUGGCCGGCCCCAGUGCCCCCACCAGCCCGCCUCUCUUCACCUUCCCACUGCCGCCUCUCGGAGACCGCUGCUAUGGCCCCCUGGGCCUGGCCUCCUUGCCGGACAGCAGCUUCUCCGCCUCGUCCCAGCAGCCUGAGAACCCCGCGCAUGCUGCGCGCCUCAACCGGGUGCUGCCGGGGCUGGACCUGCAGGGCUGGGGGCCCCAAGCGGACGUGUACCCCGAGCUCCUCUCCAACCCCCCUUACUUGCAGGUGGACCUUCUGGAGCCCAAGAACCUCACUGGGGUGGUGGUGCAGGGCGCAGGCUCCUCGGAUGCCUACGUCACCAGCUUCCUUCUGCAAUUUAGCAUGGACGGGGUGAGAUGGCAUGACUACCGCGAGCUCUUCCAGGGCAACUUUGAUGAUGCAACCCCCGUGGUGCGAACUUUCCAGCGCCUGGUGCGGGCCCGGCACGUCCGCAUCCUGCCCCAGGACUUCCACAAUGGCAUCUUCCUGCGCGCUGAGCUGCUGGGCUGCGAGAGAGUGCCCCCCGCGCUGCCUGGAGCCCCCAGCAUGCUGCCUGCCCACCGGCCCUGCCGCACCGGCCAGUUCCAGUGCCGCAACGGGCGCUGCGUCCCCGCCGGACCCCGCGGUGCUGUCUGCAACGGGGUCGAUGACUGCGGAGACCUCUCAGACGAGCUGCGCUGCGGGACUGCCCCAUCGCUGGCGCCCUCAACCCCUUGGCCGUGCCCGCUGUCCCACUUCCCCUGCACGGGGACCGGUGGCUGCGUGGACGCGGCCCGGAGGUGCGACGGCAUUGCCGACUGCCUGGACGGCACGGACGAGGCUGGCUGCGUCGCCCUGCGUGGGAGCACAGCGCCUCCUGCAGGCACGACGAGCCCCUCCACCCCCGGGACACCCCGUGUCUGGAGCACGCCCAAGGAGGCGCUGGUGUGGACCGACGGCUGGCCGUUCCCCGACGGCAUCCUGCCCACCCCCGCAGGUCCUUGCACCGAGCCGCUGGGGCUGGACAGCGGCCGGAUCCGGGACCAGCAGCUGAGCGCCUCCUCCCACCGGGAAAGCAACCCCCCAGGCGCUGGGCGUCUCAACAGCAUGCCCAAUGUGCCGAACAUCGAGGUGGGCUGGAGCCCGCUGCCGGACGACUCCAGCCCCUACUUCCAGGUGGACCUGCUGCAGCCCACCUUCGUGAGCGCCGUGGUCACGCAGGGCGGGACACGCUCGGGGGGGUUCAUCACCCGCUACCGCCUGGCCUACAGCUAUGACGGCGUGCACUACCGUGACUACGCCCCCCGCGGCGGCCCGGCACAGGUGCUGGAGGGCAAUGUGGACAGCAGCACACCUGUGCGGCAGGAGCUGAGCCCGGCCAUCCUGACCCGCUCCCUGCGCCUGGUGCCCGUGGCAUUUCACCGUGGCAUCUACCUGCGCCUGGAGCUGCAGGGCUGCCUCUGGGGUGCUGCUCCCCCGGGGACCGGACCUGCCAGCCCCCCUGCUGCCUCAGAGCCACCCCCAGCACCCCCGGGGACUCCAGCUAGGAUGCCCAGCGUAGCCAACGAGAGCAGUGAGGCCAAGUCCACGAGCAAGCCGGUGCCCACGGGAGGGUUUUCUGCAAUGACCCGGUGCCACGUGUCCCCCACCCUGGCAGGGCCUUCGCUGCCCCGGCUCCUGUGCACCCAGGGCCAGUUCUCCUGCGAGGUGCUGGGCUGCGUGGAGGCGGGCGCCGUGUGCGACGGGCGCGAGGACUGCCUGGACGGCUCUGAUGAGUGGCAAUGCGGUGAGUCCAGGGGGGUGCCCCCCGCCACCCUGCCGGUGCCCGACAGGCGCCCCGGCGCCUGCUCCCCCAAGCAGUUCCUGUGCGGCAGUGGGGAGUGCCUGUCCCCUGACAAGCGCUGUGACCUGCACCACGACUGCGCCGACGGCUCCGACGAGAGCAGCUGCGUUGACUGCAUCCUGUCUCCCUGGAGCGGCUGGAGCGAGUCCAGCCGGUCGUGCGGGCUGGGGGUGACCUUCCGGCGCCGGGACCUGCUGCGCCAUGCCUUGCCCGGCGGGCAGUGCGAGCGCAACGAGUUCGACAGUCGCUCCUGCUUCCUCCGCGCCUGCCCAGUGCACGGCGCCUGGGCCGCGUGGGGUGAGUGGUCGGACUGCGACGCCGAGUGCCGGGGCGGGGUGCGGAGCCGCACGCGGAGCUGCGCCGACCCCCCGCCCAAGAACGGGGGCCAGGCUUGCCCCGGCGACGCUGUGCAGACGGAGCCCUGCAACCUGCAGCCCUGCGGGGAUGCCCGCGACUGCGGCCCUGAGAUGGUGUACGUGCAGGCUGCAGACUGCGAGAGGGGCCUUGUGGCGCCGUGCCCCCAGGCCUGCCGCGACCUGGGUGCCCAGAGGAGCUGCCAGAGCCCCUGCGUGGAGGGCUGCCGGUGCCCCCCCGGGCUCUUCCUGCAGGAUGGCGGCUGUGUGAAUGUCAGCCAGUGCCAUUGCCACGUGGGCCCCGAGCCGCGCCGUCCCGGGGAGAUGUUUCUGCGUGACAACUGCAGCCAGUGCGUGUGCCUGGAUGGCGUGGUGACGUGCGACUCCGUGCCCUGCCCCGUGCCCUGCGGCUGGUCGGCCUGGUCGGCCUGGACACCCUGCGACCGCAGCUGCGGCGUCGGCAUGCAGGAGAGGUUCAGGUCACCCUCCAACCCCGCUGCAGCCAACGGCGGGGCCCCCUGCGAUGGGGACGCCCAGGAGGUGCGGGAGUGCCACACACCCUGCCCCGCCGAGCCGCCCGGGCCCUGGAGCGCCUGGACCCCGUGGUCGCCCUGCUCCAAGACCUGCUUCUACGAUGUGGACCGAGUCGGGGUGCGGAAGCGUUUCCGCCACUGCAACGGCACUGGGGAGCUCAGCGCAGGGAGCAGCUGCCAGGGGCCAUCCGUGCAGGAGGAGCCAUGUGACACGCCGCCCUGCCCCGUGGAGGGCGUCUGGACCCCAUGGACGGCCUGGUCCUCCUGCUCAGCCGCCUGCGACUCCGGUGUCCAGAUCCGCAACCGGACCUGCUCCAACCCGGCCUAUGGCGGGCCUGAGUGCUCGGGGCCCCUGGUCCAGACCCGCGACUGCAACACGCAGCCCUGCAAGGCGCUGUGCCCGGGGAACAUGGUGUACCACACGGCCAAGGAGUGCCAAGAGCACGGCGGCGCUUGCCCGCGGCUCUGCCUGGACCAGGAUGUCGGCGUGGAGUGCGCCGCCCAUUGCUACGACGGCUGCUACUGCCCUGCCGGGCUCCGGCUGCUCAACGACACCUGUGUGCCACCCACCGCCUGCCCCUGCCACCACCAGGGCUUGCUCUACCCACCCGGCACCACUGCCCCACUCGACGCCUGCAACAACUGCACCUGCAUCUCUGGGGAAAUGGUGUGCAGCACAGAGCCUUGUCCAGUGGACUGUGGCUGGAGCAGCUGGACGGUGUGGAGCUCCUGCAGCCGUAGCUGCAACGUGGGCACGCAGCGGCGGUACCGCGCUGCCUCCCAGCCGCCUGCCGCCUUUGGGGGCCGCGAAUGCCCGGGCCCCAGCGUGGAGGUCGCCUUCUGCAGCCUGCAGCCCUGCAAGGGUGCGGGGGCAGAGUGGGGUCCCUGGUCCGAGUGCUCGGUGCCCUGCGGGGGUGGCUACCAGAACCGCACGCGGGCCAGCGCCACCCUCCGCCGGAUUGAGUUCGCCACCUGCAACCUCCAACCCUGUGCUGGCGAGAAGCCCGGUGUCUGCCCAGCUGGGAAGGUCUGGCAAGAGUGCGCCGACGUGCCAGCCUCGUGUGCCGAGCUGAGCACAGCGUUCCUGGCUAACGAGACGUGCCACGCCGGCUGCUACUGCCCACCCGGUGCCGUCCUGCUGGACAACCAGUGCGUGGCAGCGUCCGAGUGCCCGUGCACCGAGGCCGGCGUGCUGUAUCGCCCCGGCGACACUGUGACCAGGGGCUGCGAGAGCUGCUCCUGCGUGUCCGGCCGCGUCUCCAACUGUUCCCGCGGGCCCUGCGGGCAUGCGAAUGGCAGCUGGUCGGAGUGGACCCCCUGGAGCGAGUGCUCGGCCUCCUGCGGGCUGGGCCUCCAGAACCGGUACCGCUUCUGCACGGACCCCACGCCCGCCGGCACCGGGCUGCCCUGCCUGGGCCCCGAGAGCGAGGUCCAGCCCUGCCACCUCCAGCCUUGCUCACGGAUUGGGGGCUGGGGUGCCUGGAGCCCCUGGGGCGAGUGCACCCGGAGCUGCGGCGGGGGCCUGCGGACCCGGACCCGCGGCUGCGACAGCCCUCCGCCCCAGGGCCAGGGCGACUACUGUGAGGGGACCCCCACCCAGGUGGAGGCCUGCCACCCCCAUGACUGCCCAGCGCUGGAGUGCACAGUCGUGAAGGGCUCCGUGUACAGCCGCUGCGGCCCCUCCUGCCCCCGAUCCUGCGAUGACAUCUCGCACUGCGUUUGGAGCUGCGAGUCUGGCUGCUACUGCACCCACGGGCAGGUGCUGAGCGAGAACGGCACAGCCUGCGUGGACCCGCGGGACUGCACCUGCCUGGACCUGCUCAGCGGCCGCCGGCACCUGCCCGGCCAGACCGUGCCCCGGGGCGAUGGUUGCAAUCACUGCACCUGCACCGGGGGGAAGAUGCUCUGCACCAGCCUGCCCUGCCCAGUGCCUGGCACCUGGUGCGACUGGUCCCCCUGGACCCCCUGCUCGAGGACGUGUGGCAGCGAGGCCACGACGCGGUACCGUGCCUGCGCCUGCCCCCAGCCCCAGCACGGCGGCUCCGACUGUGCCGGGGACCAGGAGCGCCACGGGGACGCCGGUGUCCAGCUGCAGCGCCAGGACUGCCCCUCUGCCACCUUCUGCCCAGUGGACGGCGGCUGGAGCUCCUGGGGCCCCUGGUCGCCCUGCGACGCCUGCGGCGGGGAGUCGACGCGCAGCCGGGACUGCAGCAGCCCCCCUGCCCGCUUCGGGGGCCUGCCCUGCCCCGGGGAGGCCUGGCAGAGCCGGCCGUGCCACGAGGGGGCCACCGCCUGUGAAGGCUGCGGUGGGGGGCAAGUGACCUUCUCCUGUGGGAAGCCGUGUCCCCGCUCCUGCGAGGACCUGCAAGCCGAUGCUGGCUGCCUGGAGAGCGCGCAGUGCCAGCCCACCUGCGGCUGCCCCGAAGGGCGGCUGCUGCAGGACGGAGCCUGCGUGAGCCCGGGGCAGUGCCGCUGCAAGUACCAGAACGGCUCAUGGGGGACUCCCGAAGACCGGACCUUGCCAGCCUGGGCCGGCCCUGCCCCGUGGGAAUACGUGCAGCCCGGAGAGACGGUGCACGGGCCCUGCCAGAACUGCACAUGUGAGGACGGGCACGUGCAGUGCCACGCCGACCCUGCCUGCCACCUGGAUGGGCACUGGGGUGCCUGGGGGCCGUGGUCACCCUGCUCCCACCGCUGCCGGGAGGGCACCCAGGCCCGCGGCCGAGCCUGCGACAACCCCGCGCCCCAGCACCGGGGCCGGGGCUGCGCCGGGGGCAGCCAGCAGCAGAGAGCCUGCCGGGGGCAGCUCCCCUGCGAAGAGGAAGCACCAUGGAGCGCGUGGUCCCCGUGGGGUGCAUGCAGCGUCACGUGUGGCGGCGGGGAGCAGAUCCGCACCCGGGAGUGCCUCCGCCCCGGCUGCCAGGGCCUGUCUGUGCAGAGCAAGACCUGCAACACCCAAGUCUGCCUUGAGGUGGGCUGCCCGGCGGAGCGGCUGUACCGCGAGUGCCUGCAGGAGGAGGGCUGCCCCUACAGCUGCGCCCACCUGGCCGGACAGAUGGACUGCUUCUCGGACGGCUGCGAGGAAGGCUGCCACUGCCCUGCCGGCACCCUGCAGCACCGCGGCGCCUGCCUCCAGGAGUGCCCCUGCGUGCUGAGCAAGGACAUCCUGUGGACGCUGCAGAACAUCUCCGCGGACCCUGGGGCCUUGCUGACCGCUGUGACCGCCCAGGGCCACCCCCUCGUGCCUGGCCAGGAGGUGCCACACCGCGGCAGCCUCCGCUCCGGCUGUAGCAGCUGCACCUGCCAGCACGGGCAGCUCAACUGCUCCUUCACCCCGUGCCCGCUGGACGGGGGCUUCGGCGCCUGGAGCCCCUGGACCUCCUGCUCCCGAACGUGCGGCGGGCUGGGAAACAUGACGCGGUCACGGAGCUGCACCCGCCCCGCGCCCGCCCACGGGGGCAAGGACUGCAUCGGGCCCCGGACGGACACCAAGUACUGCCAGACGCCCGACUGUGCCGGUGAGCCAGUGUCGGGGGCAGCAGGAGGACGGUCCGAGGAGGGCUUCAGCCCCUGGUCGUCCUGGACGCCCUGCUCCCGGACCUGCACCGACCCCGAGCUCCCGGCCCUGAAGACCCGGACCCGGUUCUGUGCGGCAGGAGCCAACUGCACGGGGGAGGCUUUCCAGGAGCGGGCCUGCAACCUGCCUCAGUGCACAGACGUGCCCCCAUGCCUGGGCGAGGAGUGUGCGGGCAUGAAUUGCAGCUGGACAGGCUGGGGCCCCUGGAGCUCGUGCUCGCGCAGCUGUGGUGUGGGGCAGCAGCAACGCCUACGUGCCUACCACCCACCUGGCCCUGGUGGGCACUGGUGCGAGGGCAUCCUCAGCGCCCACGCCGAGCGCCGCUUCUGCAACCUGCAAGCCUGCAGAGUGGACGGGGCCUGGUCCAAGUGGAGCCCGUGGUCGUGGUGUGACCGCACCUGCGGCGGGGGUCGCUCCGUGCGCAGUCGCACCUGCACCCACCCCCCGCCCAAGAAUGGCGGGCGCCGCUGCCCCGGGGAGAAGCACCAUGUCCGUGUCUGCAACCCACGGCCUUGCGAGGAGGGCUGCCCACCAGGCAUGGAGAUGGUGGACUGCGCCAACAGGUGCCCACGCCACUGCGGGGACCUGCAGGAGGGCAUCAUGUGCCAGGACACGGAGGCCUGCGAGCCCGGCUGCCGCUGCCCAGACGGGACCCUGGAGCAGGACGGGGUGUGCGUGCCAGCCCAGCUGUGCGAGUGCACGGACACGCAGGGCCACAGCUGGGCACCGGGCAGCUUGCGGGACGACGGCUGCAACAACUGCACGUGCGCGGGCGGGCAGCUCGUGUGCACCAACCACACCUGCCCACCCUCCCACUGCGCCUGGAGCCGCUGGUCCAGCUGGGCCGAGUGCAGCCUCACCUGCAGCCACGGCCGCCAGAGCCGCUUCAGGACGCCCACGUCGGGGUCGGAGGCGGCCGAGUGCCAGCAGGAGCAGCUGCAGAGCCGGCCCUGCGCCCCGGGGCCUUGUCCCCCGCUGUGUCCUCUCGAGGGCAGUGACCGGCGCCUGGGAGAUACCUGGCUGCAGGGCGAGUGCCAGCAAUGCAUCUGCACCCCGGAGGGCAUCUACUGCCAGGACAUCGCCUGUGCGGGACCCGAGGAGUGUGUGUGGUCCAGCUGGGGUCCCUGCUCGCGGUCCUGCGGCCCGGGGCUGGCCUCCCGCAGUGGGGCCUGUGCCUGCCCCACACCGCAGGACCCCGGUGCCUCCUGCAACCAGAGCACCCGCCAGGAGCUGCAGCCCUGCUACCUGCGGGCCUGCGAAGACGCCUGCUCCUGGAGCCCCUGGACGGCCUGGACCCAGUGCUCCUGCAGCUUCCUGGUGCAACAGCGCUACCGCAACCAGUGGGCUGCCGGCGGGGCCGCGGCGGCCGACGCCUGCGUGGGGCUGGAUGGCCAGUUCCGCAUGUGCGACUACACCGAGUGCUCCGAGGCCAGCUGUGCACCGCCCUUCCAGUUUCGGGAGUGCGGCUCGCCCUGCGCCGGGCUCUGCUCCACCCGGCAGCACCAGGACCUGUGCCGGGACCUGCCCCAGUGCCUGCCCGGCUGCUACUGCCCACAGGGCCUGCUGGAGCAGGAUGGGGCGUGCGUACCCCCCUCGCAGUGCGGCUGCCUGCAGCCGGGCCAGCCCCACGGCCCCACGUACCUGGUGGCAGGAGACACCAUCCUCGUGGGCUGCAAGGAGUGUGUGUGCCAGGAGGGCGAGCUGCACUGCAGCAGCCAGAACUGCCAGGGGCUUCUCCCCCUGAGCGACUGGACUGAGUGGACGCCCUGCGGUCCUUGCCUGCCCCCGGCAGCGCUGGGCCUGGGCACCACGGCGCUGGUCGUGGCUCAGGGCAGCGGCUGGCAGGACGGGGAGCCCAGCAUGGCCCUGGCCUCGGUGCAGCAGCGCUACCGCGUGUGCCUGGACCCACAGACGGGCUCGGCCUGGGCCGGCGAGGCGGUGCUGUGCUCUGCCCAGCUGCAGCAGGAGCGGCUCUGCCCAGACCCCCACAUCUGCGACGACCCGUGCCAGUGGAGCCCCUGGAGCGCCUGGAGCCCCUGUCGCGAGCCCUGUAGCGGCGGUUUCCGCCUGCGCCAGCGCCAACCCCAGCACCUGGCCAGUGACGAGCAGUGCCGUGGCGCCCGGUCCCAGUCCGAGAGCUGCAACACGGCUGCCUGCCCAGGGGAGAAGUGUGAGGACCGGGGCAAGGCCUAUGCCCCAACCUGCGCCAACCGCUGCCCCCGGACCUGUGCUGACCUCUGGGACCACGUGGAGUGUCUGCAGGGCCCCUGCAAGCCAGGGUGCCGGUGCCCCGAGGGGCAGCUCCUGCAGGAUGGGGUGUGCGUGCCUGUGGCUGAGUGCCGCUGUGGGCUCCCCAGUACCAAUGUCACCCUGGAGCUGUGGCCUGGGCAGGCCGCUGAGCUGGAUUGCCACAACUGCACUUGUGAGAACGGGACAUUCGCCUGCCCGGCCCCCGAGUGCCCGUCCUAUGGGCCCUGGGCCGGCUGGAGCCCCUGCUCCCAGAGCUGCGGGGGGGGCCGUGCCCUGCGCCACAGGCCCUGCCACGAGAGCCCCCACGGUGCCCCCUGCUCUGCCCAGGCCAUGGAGGAGGUGACAGUUUGCAACCCGCAGCCUUGCCCCGCCAGCUGCCAGGUGAGCAUAUGGUCGGCAUGGAGCCCCUGCAGCGCCAGCUGUGGCGGGGGCAUCUCGGAGCAGAGCCGGCACCUGCUGGACCCGGGUGAGAGCGGGAGCCAGGACUGCCCCGGCCAGCUGCUGCGGCUGCAUCGUCCGUGCAACACCCAUGGCUGUGCCCCAGAGUGCCCAGGCGGCCAGGUGCACCGCGACUGCGCCAACGCCUGCCCCCAUGCCUGCUCCGACCUGCGCCCGGGCACCGCCUGCCAGCAGGAGCCCUGCGAGCCCGGCUGCGCCUGCCCACCUGGCCAGGUGGUGCAGGACGGGGCGUGCGUGCCGCCAGAGGACUGCCGCUGUGCGUUAGGCCCCACGCCGCCCAGCCCCUGGUUCUCCAACCUGUCGCGGGAGGAGCUGGAGAAGGAGCACGCGCCUGGCAGCAUCAUCCACCACCAGUGCAACAGCUGCGUGUGUCGUGGAGGUGCCUUCGUCUGCUCCCAGCAGGACUGCAAUGUGGACUGCCUGUGGGCGCCGUGGGCACCGUGGUCCUCCUGCUCGGUGACGUGCGGCUCGGGCGUGCAGCUGUCCCAGCGCCACCUGCUCCGGCAGCGCCUUUACGACGGGGCCGAGUGCCUGGGCCCCAACACACGCCAGAUGCCCUGCAGCCUGCCGGACUGCGCCCAGGCUCCGCUGGCACCGGGUGUCCGGGCCGAGGGAGCCCAUGGGGCCAGUCCUGAGCUGAGCCCACCUCACCGGUGCCAACUUUCUCUCUCUCCGCAGGGGGAGGUGAAGGUGCAGGAGCCAGGCAGCUGCUGCCCCGUGUGCAGGAUGGAGUCGCUCGAGGAGCCGUCGGCCGCGUGCCAGCGCUACACUGAGGUGCGCAACAUCACCAAGGGCCGGUGCUCGCUGCGCGGAGUGGAGGUCAGCUACUGCCGCGGGCGCUGCCUGUCUCGCACCAAUGUCCUCCCAGAGGAGCCAUACCUGCAGACACUGUGUGACUGCUGCAGCUACCGCCUGGACCCCGUGAGCCCCGUCCGCCUCCUAAGCCUGCGCUGCGAGGACGGGGAGGUGGAGCCCGUGGUACUGCCCGUCAUCCACAGCUGCGAGUGCAGCAGCUGCCAGGGUGGGGACUUCUCCAAGCGCUGA